CAAUUUAAAAAAUCAAUCGGGAUUGUCUCCCUGGGAUUGGUUAUCCCUUGUCCGGCAUUUUGAAUCAUCUGUUUCUUGCCGCUCUAACGCCUCGUUUGUAAGAUUCAGAGAGAGCCUUUCAGCUAAUGUAAACUCAUUAUAUACACCCGUCUUUGUUAGAUUAACUUCAAGUUUAUUUUAAGUUUUAGUUGCAUUAUUAUUAUUAUAGGGUUUUUAGCUGCAAAUCUGCAAAAUGACUAGUAUGUUUUGGGGCUUACGUUUGGAACCUGGUAAGAGGUACAGUACAACUGUAGACAAAUCUUUCCAUGUUUCCAUGGCUGCACUGGACUGCACAACAGUCAAGAGUGAAAAAGAAGUCCAUAGUGUUAUGUUGGAAGAAGGAGAAUCAAAUAUUCCAUUCAUCCUUUGUAACCUUCAGAAACCCAAGGUGAUUCAGUCUCCUUUGAACCUCAAUUUUGUUUCUGGAGAUAGAGUCACUUUUUUCUGUCGGGGAAAUGGCACAGUUCAUCUCACAGGUUACCUCAUUACAGAAGAUGAUGACGAUUUUGGUGUUUUCGGGGAAGAGGGUGAAGAAGUAGAAGAAGAGGAAGAUGAAGAAGAAGAGGAGGAAGAAGAUGUUGAAGAAGAACAAGCAAUGGAGAGUCUAAAAAGUAAAGUAAAACAAAAUGGCCUACCUAUCAAAAGAAAACCAGAACAGUCCGCUAAUGCUAAUCAGAAGAAAAAGCCUAAAGUAGAUCUUCCAGAGCAACCAGAGUCUGAUGGCUCUGAUGAGGAUGAAGAUGAUGAAGACGAUGAUGAAGAAGAGGAAGAAAUGGAAGAUGAAUCUCUUGACGAGGAAGUGGAGAGUGAUGAGGAGAGUGAAGAAAAUGAAGAGGUAUCUGAAACCGAAAUUCCAAAACCACAACCACAGGUGCAACAGCAACCACAGCAACAACAGAAAUUGAACAAGAAACAAAAGAAACAGCAGCAACAACAACAGCAACAAACCCAGCAGAGCCCCGGUCAACAAGGGAAACAAAAACAACAGGCAAACGGACCCCAACAGAGUCCAGUUCAACAAAAAAAGAAGCCAGGUAAUGAACAAAAAACCCCAGAAGCUACAGUUCCUGUAAAAAAGACUUUAGAAGGAGGAGUUAUUGUUAAGGACCUCAAAGUAGGAAACGGUCCCAUUUGCAAACCUGGAAGGAUGGCAUCAGUUUAUUAUGUAGGUCGACUGAAAUCUAAUAACAAAGUAUUCGAUGAGACAACACAAGGAGCAGGUUUCAAAUUCAGGGUUGGAAGAGGUGAAGUAAUAAAGGGAUGGGAUGUUGGACUAUCUGGAAUGAAAGUUGGUGGAAAACGACUGAUUACCUGCCCACCUAACAUGGCCUAUGGUCAGAAAGGGUCUCCUCCAACAAUACCAGGAAAUAGCACAUUGAUGUUUGAAGUGGAAUUAAAGGCUGUAAAUUAAAUUUUUAAUUAAGGGUUACUUCUGAGAAGACUUCAGUGUAAGGCAUCUUAAAAAAGGUGUUUCUUUAAAGGUGCAGACAAAAUAUGAUAGAUAACUGAAAAUAUGAUUUGAUCUUAACAAUAUUAUUAUUUUUUAAAUAAAAAUUCAAUCUUUUUAUAAAUCUGUCGUAUGAUAUGAUAUCUAUGUAUAAGUUGUAAAUUUGUAUCUGUUUAACAGUCAACAUAUUCUUUUAUAACAAUAAAAGUUACGUUUUUU